ACGCACUAUUUCACUUCUUUUUUUUUUUCAUCCCUUCCAUUUCGAUGCUUAACGUACGCACUAUACUUACUUUUCCAAAAUGACGCUUAUACCCUUCUCACGCGUAACCAUCCAUACCACAAUUACGCAUCAAUUCUCGUACAGCAGGAAUCAUACAGUAAUUUCACAGUUCACCUUAGAAUCUCCUUCCCCCGGUUCCAACCCUCCUUUCCCGGUUUCGUCUUUCCUAUAUACCAUCUUCGCCAAGUGGACAUUCUCUCUCUCCUCUUUCCCUCUCUAGAUCGAAAACUCGAGAUAUAUUAUACAUGCACACUCGUUUAUGUAUAUACAUGUGUAAUGUACAUAUGCAAAUGUCAUGUGUUUCUUUUUUCUUUUUUAUGUACACAAUCCAAUUCUUUGUCAAUUAAACGAAGCCCUAAGUUCUCAGAUAACAUCACAUUUUGCUAAGUUAUUUCCGUUUUGAGAGUUUUAUCAACAGCUGUUGAAAUUGUGGCUGCAAUUGUUGGAUUGUUCUUACAUGAUCCUCAGUUUCGAAUUUGUUAUCGGGAAUCGAAUCGCCAUCAGUGAUUUCCGACUGAUACGAUGGCGGCGAUGACAAUGGCGACGGCGGCGGGAGCGGUGGUGCUGCUGUACUACGUGUUGAGUCGGAGGCUGGCGGCCGGUAAGGCCGAAGAAGACGGUGACAGGGACGGUGAGUACUCGAAAUCGGGUAGAUCUGUGGGGUUGAAGAGGAGGCUUUCACGGAGGCCAGCUCAAGCGCCUGCGACGUGGUUCGAAACCAUCACCACGUUGUCUGAGACGCUCAGGUUCACGUAUUCUGAAACCCUAGGUAAAUGGCCCAUCGGAGAUUUGGCUUUCGGCAUCAAUUAUCUCAUCCGAAGGCAGGGCAAUCUACAAGUUGCAAGUGUAUAUGCUGGAGAAAAUUGUGUACAACUAAAAGGCCCUGAAAUGAUUGCUGAGUUGAAUCAUUGUUUGAGGCUGUUGACUCUUUGCAUGCUUUUCUCAAAGAAGCCUUUUCCAGUGUUUUUGGAAUCUGCUGGCUAUUCUCAGGCAGAUGUCCUUCUUCAGAAGCCCAAAGCAGGGCUUUUGAAGCCCGCUUUCACAAUUUUAUGUGACAAAAGCUCAAGAUGCUUCCUUUUACUGAUUCGGGGUACUCAUAGCAUCAAAGAUACGCUAACCGCAGCAACUGGGGCAGUGGUCCCAUUUCACCAUUCUGUUUUACAUGAUGGUGGAAUAAGCAAUCUGGUUUUGGGAUAUGCACACUGUGGGAUGGUUGCUGCUGCUCGAUGGAUUGCAAAGCUUUGCACUCCUUUCCUGCUCAAGGCCCUUGGUGAAUUUCCUGACUAUGAAGUUAAGAUUGUUGGCCAUUCACUUGGUGGUGGUACUGCUGCUCUAUUAACAUAUAUUCUCCGGGAACAUAAGGAGCUCUCCUCAAGCACUUGCGUAACUUUUGCCCCAGCUGCCUGUAUGACGUGGGAGUUGGCUGAAUCAGGCAAGCACUUCAUUACCACAAUUAUCAACGGUUCUGAUCUGGUGCCUACGUUCUCAACUGCUUCUGUUGAUGAUCUUCGAACUGAGGUCACAGCAUCUUCUUGGAUAAAUGAUUUGCGUGAUCAAGUCGAGCGCACAAGAGUCCUAAAUGUUGUUUAUCGUUCUGCAACUGCUCUGGGUUCUCGUCUACCCUCUAUAGCUGGUGCAAAAGCAAGGGUUGCUGGUGCAGGUGCACUACUGAGGCCCGUCUCCAGCAGCACUCAGGUUGUCAUGAAGCGAGCACAAAACGUAGCUCAGGCUGUCGUAAGGACACGCUCAUCACUAUCAUCAUGGUCAUGCAUGGGUGCACGACGCCGUGUCGUGGGCACUUCAUUGAACUCUAAAGAGGAGGAUUUGCCUCUUAUAACUGAAAAAACAUCCGAAUCUCUUGUGACUGAAGUUGCAACCAGAGAUCCAACAGUGAACAAGGUGGAAUGUUCUUCAAGUGGUGCAUCAGGGCCCGAAGACACAGAUGAGGAGGAACUUGUUCCGGUGGAUAGAGUCAUUACUACAUCCACCAUGGAAGAUGUCAGUGAAGGUGAGCUGUGGUAUGAACUGGAGAAGGAACUCAAAAGGCAGGAGGAUGAUGCCGCCAAUGUUCAGGCCCAGGAGGAAGAAGCGGCUGCAGUUAGAGAAAUUACCGAAGAGGAGAAGGUUCUGACUGAUGCAGUGGAGAGCGAAACGCCUCUCUCUACAUCAGAUGUUUCAGAGAAUCAUCACUUUUAUCCCCCUGGCAGAAUAAUGCAUAUUGUUUCUGCCCCUUCAUUUGAUUCUACUAAUUCACUUCAUGACAGUCCGACCGAGGAGCAUGUUGGUAUCUAUGAAACACCCAGAGAUUUGUACAGUAAACUCCGACUGUCAAGAACGAUGAUUAACGAUCAUUAUAUGCCGAUGUACAAGAAUAUGAUGGAACGAUUAAUCAGGGAACUUGAAAAUGAUGAUGCCUGUAGUUGUACAAUGUGAAAAGUAUAGGAUAGUACAGUGGUUUUUUAUGUUCCAUUUGUCUUGUAUUACACUGAUUUGUUUUUUACUCCCUUCAUUGAGAGUGUUGGGAAGGGGUUGAGGAUAUUGUAUCCUUUUCCAAGAAAAUGUUUGUAUUCUAAAAAAAUGUGAGUUAGUAGUAUUAUUAGUGAUUGAUUCAUUUUGCCA